AUGCUCGUACGCGACUUUAUUGAUGAUUCACUUUAUAACCCUCAUUAUGGAUUCUAUACCUCGAAUGAUCCUAUUCGCUCAUCUCGAUACUCGAAUACCGAAUUAUUUAAGCCUUGGUAUGCAAGUGCUAUUGCUAAAUAUAUGGUCUCUGAAUACAAAUUGAAGCUAUAUCCUCAUAAAGAUUUGAUUAUAUAUGAAAUUGGAGGUCGACAUGGUCGAUUGAUGACGCAUAUUCUGGACUAUAUUGAACGUUAUGAACCCUCUGUGUAUCAACGUACACAGUAUAGAAUGAUUGAACUAUCAGACAGACAGAAACAACAUCAUGGCAUUGUACAAGUCUUGGAUCAGAACAUCUUUGACUGGAAUACACUUGUAACAGACCAGUGUUUCUUUUUAGGCGUCAAAGUGAUUAAUCACUUUGCUCAUGAUGUGAUACGUUAUGAUGAAAAUCAAGUACCAUAUCAAGGUUUAGUCUGUAUGGACAACAAACACUCCUUGACAGAGAUAUUCGAACCCGCUCAAGAUGCUACUAUUGAACGCUAUUUAUCAUUACAAAAGAAACUUGGUAGUAAAUACAAUAAGCAAAAUUGGUAUAGCCGAUGGUUUAGGCAGUGCCAUUCAAUCGAGUUUAUACCCACACGCCUGCUGGAAUUGAUGGAUAUCCUGAAUACAUGGUUUCCAGGUCAUCGCUUGAUUUUGACAGAUUAUGCUUCUUUAUCCAAUACUAUUGGAGGCAUGAAUGCACCACUUGUUCAGACAGAUUAUCAUGGCAGCAUAUUACCUUCCAAUACGUACUUGUUGAGUCCAGGCUGGUAUCCUAUCUUCCCUACUAAUUUUGAACAGCUACGAGACAUGUAUCUCUUGAUCUGCGUUAAGUCCAUGCAAUAUAGUGAUUUCUUGGAACGUUAUGGUGAACCAGAGAACCAAAGACUCUAUCAACCUAAUGUCAAGGUUUUGUUGACAUAA